AUCCUCAUCCUCUUCUUCACAAUGUCACCAUCCACUCCUCCUCCAUGGCUUCCCUCCCUCCGCUUCUCCCCCUCCCUUCAAACCCUAACCCUAAAACCAUCCGCCGUCGAUCCCUUCUCCUCUCCUCCACCGCAGCCGCCGCGACCGCCACCCUUCCUAUACCUCUCCCCGCUGUUGCCGGAGAUCCACCCUCCCCGGCCAUCACCGACCGCGUCUUCAUGGACUUCAGUCUCUGCCCUUCCUUCCUUCGCCCUGACCGACCUCUAGCUCCCGAUCUCCUCUCCGCCUGCCCUGAUUCCCAGCCUCUUGGAAGGAUCAUCUUCGGCCUCUACGGCAAGGUCGUUCCCAAGACCGUGGCAAACUUCAAGGCAAUGUGCGCCACCUCGUCUUACCGCGGAGCUCUAGUCCACAAGAUCUUGGAGGGCGAGUUCUUCGCCGCCGGUCGCCAGGGACGGCGGGAGAAGGGAGAGAUCCGGCCGCCGCCGAAUUUGGUGAAGAAUUCGGAGACUGUGGAUUCGCAGUCGUUUCAGUUGAAGCAUUGGAAGCCUGGAACUCUUUCUUUGUGCCUUUCGGAGAAUGAUGAUGAUGAUGAGAUUAGGCUUGAUCCGGAGUACCAUAAUGUUGAGUUCUUGGUGACCACAGGACCGGGCCCUUGUCCACGGCUUGAUGAUCAGAACAUCGUCUUCGGGACUGUCCUUGAAGGAUUGGAUGUCGUCGGUUCCAUUGCUGCCAUUCCUACUUAUAAACCAUCAGAGAGGAUCCGUCAGUUCAAUGACUUUGCUGAGUUCCUUGGUGAUGAGAGAGCUGUGAAUGCUCGUGCAUUGUGGAAUAGGCCUCUGAAAACAGUAUAUGUCAGUGACUGCGGAGAACUGAAAGUAGCAAAGCCUUCACUUUCUCCAAGUUUACCAUAGCAUAUGAGGUAAGUAUUCUUUGUUAAGAGCUUAAGCUCAUCAUUCUCAACUAUGCCUUCAGAGGUUCAACUCCCAUUCAUCUAUAUGGUUUUGAUGCAUUUUUCUUUGUCCUAUCACGCAUAAGAUUUCACUUGUGUUCA